AGCGUGACUCCUAGAAGAGAGCUAAGGACUCGUUGCGUCUGGAGCCAGCAGGCGGCCGUUUUCCUGGGUUACUCUCACUCUAACAACGUGCUCGCGGACAAACGCUGACGCAGCACAGCUCCCAGCUCAGCCUUCUCUCGGACUCCGCAGGGCGGAGACGAUGCUGUGCCUUGUUUUGAUGGCAGUGGAAUUAGUGAUUGUAAGCACUACAGCACAAUCAGCUAAUUACACUGCCUACAAACCGAGCACUGGCGCCCCCCGCUGCAGCUCCCGGACGUCUGCAAAGUCAAGGUGGUGUCCCCGAGCAGGCGGGCCCCCCAUCCGCCCCCAUUUCUCCCAGCGGACGCCCGACAGUGGCGGGGCGCGAGGCCCAGGCGAAGAUCUCCCGAGGACGCCUCCAGGCUCCUGGCCACCCUGCCGGGUCGCGCCCACCAUCCGCAACAAACGGCCGGGGGGCGGCGCUGCCGGAGGGUCCUGCAUCCCCCAAGGCCGCGCCGCGACCCCAGGACUCCUCAUAGAUUGUUCUUAAAUCAUGAGAGAUGAAAUUGCAGCAGCAGUUUUCUUUGUCACAAGAUUGGUGAAAAAACAUGAAAAAUUGAAUAAACAGCAAAUAGAUGACUUUGCAGAAAAGCUGAUGAAAAUCUUGUUUGAAACAUAUAGAGGUCACUGGCACCCCAGUUGCCCUUCUAAAGGACAAGCCUUCAGGUGUAUCAGGAUAAACAAUCAGAAUAAUGACCCCAUUUUAAAAAGGGCUUGUGCUGAGAGUAAAGUGAAUUAUUUUCACCUGGGACUUCCAAGAGAGCUGACCAUAUGGGUAGAUCCCUAUCAAGUGUGCUGUAGGUACGGUGAAAAAAACCAUCCAUUUGUAGUUGCUUCUUUUAAAGGCAGAUGGGAGGAAUGGGAGUUAACUCAACAAAUCAGUUAUGCUGCUAAUAGAGCCUCAUUAGACUACUCCUCUGGCAUGUCCUCUGAUGAAGAAAGUGGUAGCAUGGAAUCUCAGAUCAUCCCUAAAGUCAGCAAUCCCAAGAGUGUCUAUCAGGCUGAAAACUUGAAAUGGCCCUGCCCAUCUUGGCUCUACACCACCAGCCGGAAGAAUGUGGCAGAGGGCCGUUCAGGAGUCCUAGGAAACCGGGUUGCUUAUCAAGCUGCACGUAGGAUCCCCAAGUGCUGCAGGCCUGUCACUGGGCACCGCAGGGACAGGUACCACUGGAUCAAUUCAAACCGAUAAUACUGAGAACAAGGUUGUGGUGUGAGAGCUUAAAGGACAGGCUUUGUCUUCCCUAAAAUGAAAAUGAGUCUGAGGCUCUUGAGAGGCCCAUGAAAUAGAAAAAAAUGCAUAAUGGUGAAUCCUCUCACACAGAUUAAGACUUUGUUCUUAGCUAUACUUU